GAGACUUCCAUGAUAACUGUUGAGCUUGACACAAGCGAGAGAAAGCUACUCGCAAGCGGAUACACAAAGGGAGUGGAAGGACCUGCACAAUGGGAAUCAAACUGUACUACACCACCGUUACUGCUUCACGGACGGUGAAGUCUCAACAGGCAGAAGUGAUCCGGAUCCUGGAGAGUAAAAGUAUCCAGUACGAGCUCAUCGACAUCUCUGUGGGGGGGGAGCUCCGUGACGAGAUGAGAAGCAAAGCAGGGAACCCCGCGGCAGUCCCUCCCCAGCUUUUCAAUGAAGACCAGUACUGUGGGGACUAUGAAAUGUUUUCUGAUGCCGUGGAAGCAGAUUCAGUCGACCAAUUUCUGAAGCUGGCGUGAGGAGGGCGGAGUGUAAUUCUCCAUCUUAAACCAAUUCCCCCCACCUACCUGCCCACCCACCUCGUGCCCUAACGGAGGCCCUUUCUCCAGCCUCUCUCUCUGCACCACCGGCAGUAUCCACUCACUUUCAAUGCCAUAAUGAAGAAUGCCAAAUAUCCCGUAUCUAACCAAUCAGAAGACGCACAUUCCCCUCCUGCACCGUUAGACUCGACCGUCUUAAUCUGUUUUCUUUCCUUUUGAUUUGUUUCAGACCCCCCCCCCCCCUGUCUUACAGACCAGUGUAACUAAGCACUGAGAAUCAACGGGUGUCUAAAUGUGCGGUAAUCAGGUUGACGAAUCUCGGCCGCGGCCACAUGAUCGCUGGAGAUUAAACUAAUCCGCUGGAUGACGAGUCGAGCACAAUCUUCCUGAUCCUCUGCAGACCAAACAUUUCUCACUCAGUCUUAACUUUGUUGUCUUUUUUUAUUCUUUUCUUCUGCAGCCUUCACGUUCCCAUGUUGUUCAUGACUGCACACUACUUGCACUUCACACUGAUGCAAACGCACACAGAAGUAGCAAGGACUGCGACGUCCUUAAACCCAAUUCAUUCUGAGUUAUAGCAGCUAAAAGAUGUCACUUUAUGCACCAUAUGACGAAAGGUUCGGUUGACGUUUUGCGCUCAUCGGACCCGUUUCGAGAUGAUGAACUCAAAACCUAAAGAUAAAUUACUUUAAGCCACAAACUAACACUUGAUAAUUAAAGGUACCCUGUGUCCUUAAUGUCUCCAAAGACCAUUUAGAACAAUAUUUAAAAUGGUGCAUUGUUUGCAUCCAUGUUCCCUAGCAUGCAGUCUUCCUCUUCUUUGCACGUUGCAGUUCAUCUGUGUAGCGUGAAACAUGUACCAUGUGAACAACACGGCGAACGCACAGAACAUGGUUCUGACGCACACAGGGUACCUUUAAGAUAAGUUUAGAAAAAGUCUAACAAAGAUUAAACCAGAUGUGUUGGUGGAAUCUAUAGAGCAUCUAAAAACAGAUCCAUAAAGGUAAUGACACACACACACACACACACACACACACACACACACACACACACACACACACGUAAGAACCCUGUAGACAGUGAUUUGCUAGUUCUGUACAGUUCCCUCAGCCACAGUGUCUUCUUCCUUUUUAAAACAAUACUACUGAAGAAAUCCGUCGGUAUCCGCCCCGACGUUGGAUCCAAAAUGAAAAGAGUUCUUCGUUGGCCCGAGCUUCAGCCUUCCACCAAGCGUCAUAAAAGUCUGUAAUCCUGCUGACAAACAAACCAAACUGAAAACUUGCUUGGUGGAGGUAAUAUAUAUCAAAUAUGAAAACAUCCAAACACAGUUUUACUGGCUCCGAUUUUUAAUUUGGAACCAAACACUGAUUAGAUCGAUGGAAAUGGGCCAAACUUAUUAAAAAUGUUUGUAAUCAGCGGCAGAACAUUAAAGUAGUUCGCUGCUUCAUUCGAGCAGGACUUCUUAAUUUCACGUUUGGUGCCAAUAUACAUCUGUGAUGCGCUUUGCAGUGUAGUAUUACCUGCCGUCUUCUACGUCUCUUCCAUAAUCUGUGAUCCUCUGAAGCUUUGUUCUCGGCACCGACGGGCGCUCCUGUAUUACAGACGACAUCACACGGAUCAUAACGGACUGAGAAGAUGUGAAUCUUCUCGCUUUCAUUCCUCGUGUUUACUUUAUGUUACGGUUUCACUGACUGUCCUUGUGUAAUGAGACUAUGCACUGACACCCUGCCUCAUUCUGAACACACACGUAAAGGUCAAAGGUCAAAGCUUGUGUGUUUUAGAUCGACCCGUCUCAGUCUGACUCGGGGAACAAUCGCCACAUGGGGAAAAUGAAGGCUUCACUUAUUUGCUCUUUUAUGUUUGUGCUUUCAAUCUUUACAAUGUUCAUGUUCUGGGUCACUUGUCUUUGUUUAAACCGAGAACAACAUGGUUUCCCCCUCUUACUUGUAACAUCUGUUAAUCCCCCCCCCCCCCCCUGCUUUCAAAAUGUGUUUUACAGUUUGGGAUUCCCAGUAAUGACAGCUUUCACACACAAUGUUUGUGCACUGUUCUGUAAGUCGAUGGUUGUAGACGUUUGCCUGUUAUUGAUGUAUGUUCACUAUGAAUCAUGUUUAAGACAUUCCAUGUCUCUCUCUGAGCUCCUGCUUUUGCUUUUGGACCAAUUCCCAUUGGCCAAAGAAAAAGAAGAAAAUAGGGAAUAAAAUGCUGUUGUCUUCCAAGAAGAUUGUGAAAAGUGAUUUAUGGGUGAAAAAAACAAUAAAAAGGAGUUGAAUCUA